CUCUGGCGGAGCUGACCGCGGCUGUGGAGUGCGCCGAAGGCAUGGAGCGUGAGCCCGGCCAGGGGGAAGCGGCUCCUGCCCCGGCCCGGGACCCCGCGGUGACCGUGACUUUGCUCCUGAGCUGGGGGGCAAAUAGCUACGGACAGCUUGGUCUUGGUCAUAAAGAAGAUGUGCUUGAGCCCCAACGGCUGAAUGAUUUCUGUGACCCCAAGCACAUUAAGAUGCUGACAGGAGGAGGGGGACACUCUGCUGUGGUCACAGAUGAUGGGGAGCUUUUUGUGUGUGGCUUGAACAAAGAUGGGCAGCUGGGACUUGGUCACACUGAAGAUAUUCUGUCUUUUAUCCCUUGCACCCCUCUGGUCGGCUGCCCUGUCCUACAAGUGUCCUGUGGCUGGGAUUUUACAAUUUUGCUCACAGAAAGUGGGCAGGUUCUAUCAUGUGGCUCCAAUGCAUUUGGUCAGUUAGGUCUUCCUCCUGGGGCCAGAAGACAGGUGACCCCCCAAGUCAUUGAGCUCCUGAGUGAGAAGGUCGUGUGCAUCUCAGCUGGAAUGCGGCAUGCUCUGGCUGGUACAGAGAGUGGCCUGGUGUUGCAGUGGGGCACAGGCUUGGCAUCCGCAGGGAGGCGGGCAUGCCCGGAGAAGCCCCUCCACCAUUCCUGACAGCCCAAGGAACCUUGCAGAGUGACAGGCCUGAAAAAUUCAAAAGUAAAGACAGUUGUUACUGGUUCCUGCCACUCAGCAUUGUUAACGGAUGAAGGAGAACUGUAUGUUUGGGGGAGCAACAAGCAUGGCCAGCUAGUGAGCCCAGCUGCUUUUCUUCCCACACCCCAGAAAAUAGAAGCCAGCUGUUUCCAGAAUGAAAAGGUCACCAUGGUGUGGAGUGGGUGGACACACUUCGUUGCCCGGACAGAGACUGGCAAGGUGUUUACCUGGGGACGUGCCGACUAUGGUCAACUUGGGAGGAAAGUGGAGGGUGACAAGAGAUGUAAAGGAGAACAUGAAUUACCCAUGUCCUGCACAAGAACACUGAGCAGCAUGCCUUCUUCCCUUCCUUGCUUAGCAGGAGUGACUGAGGUGGCAUGUGGGUCUGAACAUAACCUGGCUGUGGUGGGAACCACGUGUUACUCCUGGGGCUGGAAUGAGCAUGGCAUGUGUGGAGAUGGCACCGAAGCCAAUGUCUUGUUCCCAAAGCCAAUGGAAUCUUCAAGUUUAGCCCUGUGGCUCCUUGUGGGGUGUGGAGCUGGUCACUCUCUUGCUCUUGGCCAGGCCCCAGCUUCCCCAUCACUGCACCAGAGCCCCCAAGACAAAGUCAAGCCAGAAUCCUUGGAGAACUCACAGUGAGAGAAACCAAAGGGAAGAGACACAAACAUUAUUCCCACACCAAGCUAGUGUGUCCUGAAAUGAGAGAUUUAGCAUUUAACUUUAAUAAAAUUAAUUUGAACAGUUUUGUCCCUGAAAACAUGUGUGGCAAAAGGGAUGGGAUUGCUCAUUGGGACACAGGAGUCAAAAAUAAGUAAGUAUUUAGGAAGCUGACCAUUGGACCAGCUGGAUGAGAGACAGGGAAAGGGUAAUUUUCUGUACAUCCAAGAAACUUCACUCUUCAGCAAAUGCCAAGGAGAACAAAGGGGCACCAUUAACAGCCUCUAAAAGGUAACAAGCUCAUAAUGCAUACAGAUUGGGGAACAGGGAUUAGGGUUCCAUCCAUUCUGUAGGCUCAGGUCACCCCCAGCUUCCUCCUACCAGCCACCAAUGGUGCUGAAGCGAGUAGCCCUCUUCCAUAGAUCAUGGAAUUGUGUUUUUGAAGAAGACUUCAGAGAUCAUCCAGUACAAGAAUUCUUAACUGUUUGUGUGUCAUGAAGCCCUCUGGCAGCCUUGGGAAGCCAAUGGAUCCAUUCUCAGUAUAAUAUUUUUAAAGUAUAAGAAUAAAAUAAAUAGAAUUACAAAGGAAAUUAAUUAUAUUGAAAUAUAGU